AUGCGCGGUAAAGCAUCAUCAUCGAGACGGAAGAAAAGACGAGUACCGGAAGCAGAUGAUGAAGAGGAGGAGGAGGGGGUCGUUUUGAGUUCGAGCACCACGAGCGGCGGAACGACAACAACGUCGGACGACGACGAAGAAGAAGAAGAAGAUGUUCAGAAGACAAAGAAGAAAAGACGGGGAAAGCACCCUUCGAGAGAAACGAUCAAAUGCGCGUUCGAACAGCUCUGCGCCGCCGGGAAAACCGAGGAGGAUAGAAAACAACACCACCACUCAGAAAAAGAUCACGACGAUGAAAAAAAAGCAGGAAGAAGAGGAAAAGGGGGAGUGAUGAAAGGUUUUUCGAUCCAAAACCUUCUCGAAAUGUGCGUCAAAUUCGGGUACCAAAAUUGGACCGUCUUGGACGUGGAGAACAUGAUUCGGGCGUACGAGUUGAGCGAAGCGAAAGGCGAGAUUAUUCGCAUCAAUAAUCAUCUCGAUUCAAAACAAAACAAAGAUGACGUACUACUCGAGGUCACCGAAAAAGGGUUCCGAGAGAUUGUAAGAAAAUGUGGCGUUCGAGAGCUGUAA